UACAAUUCAACCCCCUGCAAUGCAGGAGUCCUGCCCACAGCUGUCUCUGGGUGAGCUCAAACCAUUAACUUUCUGAGUAGCAGCCAGAUGUUCUCUUGGGAGCUAGGAUUCAAUGACAGGGGCUCACUUAAUCUGAGAUACAGUAUGCUUAAGGUACAUGGUAGGACAACCUCCUUGCAGUGGUGAGUCUUUAAAUUGUGGAAGAAGGUAGAAGGACUUAUUCAGAGACAGAUGCUGUAUUUUCAGCCCUUUUUUUACAUACUCUGAGAAAUGCUAGCUCCAGAACUUAAAUUAGUACUAGUAUUUAUGGUAUCUGAAGAAGUAUGCAUGCACACAAAAGCUCAUACCAAUGACAAACUUAGUUGGUCUCUAAGGUGCUACUGGAAGGAUUUUUGUUUGUUUGUUUCUAGUAUUUACUAGUUCAUUGCAGUGUACAUUAGUAGCCAGGUAAGGGGGAGGAGCAUCAUGAAUGUCUGAUUGUUCUAAAUUUAUGUUCUUAUUUUAUAAUGCCACUCUUAUCUGGUUGCUGUAACUGGUUGGAGCUCUUGGUUGAGAGAGAUUAUUUUCAUGGCAUUUAACAGUUGCAUGCUUGUUAACUCUGCAGAAUGCAUUUGAAGCCUUGUGAUUUUCAGGGUAUUGCUUCAACGUCCGUUACUAAUAGAUACUGAAUUUAUCCCUGAGAAGAUACGGAUCACCUAAAUUACCACUUCUGUUUCCAUCCUCUUAGGUGUAUGUGAACCCUUUGCUUAUUGAGGUAACUGUGUUACUAUAGGGUUAUAUCCCCCCCCCCCCCCCCGGUUCUCAGUUGGUGUCAAAUUGUUUUGUCUUUCUUUUUUGGGUGGGGGAAGAAUUGUGGGUUGUAUCCAGCUAAAUCGGGCAUCCCCAAACUGCGGCCCUCCAGAUGUUUUGGCCUACAAAUCCCAUGAUCCCUAGCUAACAGGACCAGUGGUCAGGGAAGAUGGGAAUUAUAGUCCAAAACAUCUGGAGGGCCGAAGUUUGGGGAUGCCUGAGCUUAAAUCAUUAUUGAAGUAGGUCUGUAGAAAUAAACAGUUUUAGGUUAGCCAUGUUCAUUGAAUUUAGUAGCUCUACACUAAGUAUAACUUUGUUAGAUUCAACCAGUGCUUUUUUUCCCUGGGGGUACGCAAGGGUACGCAUACCCCUAAACAUUUUGUGAAUCUUUGUACUUUUGUCCAUUUACUGUAUUUAUUUUCCCCGAUUUUAACUAUAAAAUGGUGUUUUUCUUGAGUCAAAAUGAGAGUACCCCUAAACAUUUUUUAAAGAAAAAAAAAGCCACUGGAUUCAACCCAAAGUGUGAAGAUAAACUUUUUUUCUUUCUCAGGGAGAACUCCUCUCUCUUGGCCUCCAAACCUAGGCAUGCUUCGUUGUAGUAAAUAUAAUAUAAUACAAGCAUACUUAGUUGAAGUGAAUGAAAUAAUGCUUUUGACAUGGGUUGGUUUCCAUUUAUUUUAUACAUUACCGGUAACUCCAGUCCAGGAGAGCCUAGAUCUUCGAAUCUACAGAUAUCUUUUUAGAGGGGUUAUUUGUCCUGCUACACCUUAUAUGUGCAUGGUCAGCUUCUUUAUACAUUUUCCUUACUGACCUUUAUAAACCCUUGUACAGUUGAGUUACAACUAUUUAACUUGUGUGAAUUCAGCUUUAUGUGCUUGGCUGAAAAAAGAGGGGUGACCUUCCGGAGGGAGGGGGAAUGUUGGCAAUCUCACAAUACUUUGAAAUGUCUUUAGAAACUUCAUUGCUGUGCCUUUGACAGAACUUUCUACAGGUAGAUAAGGUUGGUGGAUGAAGUUGGAGUUCCAUGUGUAACCCCUUCUUCUUCAUGGCAAGAGAGUAACAGGACAGGAUUGCCUGCCUGCCACUAUUGCCUUCCAUCAUGUUAUUUACUCUUCUGUUCUUCUUGCCAUUUACAGCACACUUAUGAUAUAUUAUGCACACUUAUGGUAUAUUAUGGGAUAUGAGGAUAUGCUUCAACCUCAUGCUGUCUUAAUAAAGUUAUUUGUGGUCAUAAAAUGCAAUUCCUAUAUAAAGUUUGCAAGAAUAAAAAAAAAUAUAGGCAUUGUGACAUACAGACAAGACCUUGUUAGAUAACAAAAUUCCAAAUAUGCUGUAAAGCUCCUGGGAGGACUAUACAGUAGUUUCUGUAUAAUAGAAUAGAUUUUGGGUUGCAGGACUCUCGAUUAUUUCACAAAAUUGCACUGUUGAAGCUGAAAUGGUGAUAGUUAUUAUCUGAGAAUUAUUUUUCUAGGUCUGAAAGAAUUCCUUGAUGGUUGCUGGCAGCUCAAUCCCUGCUCAUGUUUACUUACUUUUAUUCCCAGGUGAAUAUGUACAGGAUUGCAGGCUUAGUGUUGCAUAUCGUGAGAAAAUGUAGGGUUAACAGACUUCAUGGUGGAAGUAACAGUGGCUGUUUUGAACUGUAAUAAACUCUUGAUGAGAGCCAGAAUGGUGAAGACUUUCACCAUGGCCAUUACACAGUUCCGUCUUUUUAAAAUUUGUACCUGCCUGGCGGCAGUACUGUCUUUUUUUAAGCGCUUAAUAUGCAGGACUGGAAGAGGGCGAAAACUUAGUGGAGAUCAAAUAACUUUACCAACUACUGUGGAUUACUCGUUGGUUCCAAAGCAGUCAGAAGUAGAAGACUGGACUUCGUGGGAUGAAGAUGCACCUACAAGCGUGAAGAUUGAAGGUGGCAAUGGCGAUGUGGCCAAUCAGCAAAAUGGUUUGGAAGAAAUGGAGCCUGACUAUUUUAAGGACAUGACGCCAACAAUAAGGAAAACACAGAAAAUUAUAGUUAAAAAACGCGAACCCUUAAGUUUUGGGAACCAGGAUGUCAAUGCAGGAUUUUCUAGCAGAUUAGCAGCUACUCAAGACACUCCUUUUCUUCAUCAAUCUCCAGAACUGGGAGACUUGGAGACAUGGCAGGAAAACAGAAAUGCUUGGGAAGAAGAGGAAGAUGCCUCCUGGCAAGCAGAAGAGGUUCUUAGGCAGCAGAAAAUAGCAGAAAGGGAAAAAAGGGCAGCUGAGCAACAAAGGAAGAAAAUGGAGAAAGAAGCACAGCGGUUAAUGAAGAAAGAACAAAAUAAAAUUGGUGUGAAGCUGUCCUAACAUCAUUUGCCUUGGUCUCACGGAGCCAGCAGUGGGGAGAGAAUUCAGCUUCAUCAUUUUGUAUUGAUUUCAGUAUUUUUUGAACUCCAGCUCACUACUUAUUUCAAAGCCAUCUUGGAAGAGACGGUUGGUUCUUCCAUAAAGCAACUGGACAGUUCAAACAACGACAGCAUCAUCCCAUUUAAUCCCAUCAAGAUGGGACAGUGUUUCCUGCAGAAGCCCUAUCCCCGUGCACUCCCACUGCGAGAAGAGCUGCUACUUCAUAAACUCUUCAACUGCCUGUUUUGAAGCUAAAGGGAAAAAGGGUGUAAAUAAUUGAAUGAUGGCAAUCUACUCUAUUGUCUAUUAUGCUUAUUACGAGAAAGGUGUGUAAUUAAAUAAUUUUAAAGAA